UGGGCCCUCACUACAAACAUGUAGGGCCCAGUCUCGCGGCGGGCACGUGCUUGUAUUAUUGGCGAUGCACGAGCUCAUAUUCAAUUGACCAUGGAAAUUGGGUAUUUUAACCGCAUAGCUCAAGCUUUGCGCCAAUGCGGGCGAGUUCGCGCCGUGAAUCACGGGAAAUCAUUUCACUGCCAAUUGAUCAAGCUCGGCGUUUCGAAUGACGUGUUCCUUGCCAACAAUCUGAUUUCCAUGUACGUUGGAUUUCCUUGUUUAGAAGACGCACGGAAAGUGUUCGAUGAAAUGCCUGACAAGAACGUUGUUACAUGGACCACAAUGGUCUCUGGUUAUACUAAUUGUGGGAAACCUGAAAAGGCUGUGAGGCUAUAUACCCAGAUGUUGGAGUCUGAUUCAGAGACGCCCAAUGGGUUCAUGUACUCUACCGUUCUUAAAGCUUGUGGCAUGGCGGGUUACAUCAGAACGGGUAAAUUGAUUCAUGAGAGGAUAUCUAGUGAUAGGUUGGAGUUUGACACUGUUUUGAUGAAUGCCCUUUUGGACAUGUACGUUAAAUGUGGGAGUUUGAGUGAUGCUAAGAAAGUUUUUUAUGACAUGUCGAGUAAAAACACCACUUCGUGGAACACGAUCAUUUCGGGGUACACUAAGGCUGAUUUGAUGGAUGAGGCAGUGAAUUUGUUUCAUCAAAUGCAAGAGCCAAAUGUUGUAUCUUGGAACAGCAUUAUUGCUGGUUUCGCAAACAAUGGAAGCCCGCGUGCUUUUGAAUUUAUGUGUUUAAUGCACCGAGAAGGUCUCAGACUCAAUGGUUUUACUUUCCCGUGUGCUCUUAAAACCUGCAGUCGCCACGGUUUGCUAGCUUCUGGGAAACAGAUUCACUGUUAUGCCACAAAGUCAGGUUUUGAGUCUGACUGUUUUACUGUGUCAGCUCUGGUUGAUAUGUAUUCAAAUUGCAAUGGACUGACUGAAGCCAUAAAGCUGUUUGAUCAGCACUCAAGGUGCAAUGCUUCCAUUUCUGAUAGUUUGGCACUUUGGAAUUCUAUGCUUUCAGGAUAUGUCAUUAAUGAACACAAUAGUGUAGCUUUGGAUUUAGUUUCAAAAAUCCAUUGCUCCGGUGCAUGGAUGGAUUCCUACACUUUCAGUGGUGCUUUAAAGGCUUGCAUCAACUUACUCAACUUGAGACUUGGUCGUCAAGUGCAUGGCUUGGUUGUCACCACAGGGUAUGAGUUAUAUCAUAUUGUUGGAAGCAUUCUUAUAGAUCUCUAUGCAAGACUGGGGAACAUUAAGGAUGCAUUAGGAUUGUUUGACAGGCUUCCGAAAAAAGACACUGUAGCUUGGUCUGGUUUGAUCAUAGGGUGUGCUACAAAGGGACUAAGCUGGCUAGCCUUUUCACUGUUUCGGGAUAUGGUGUAUUUGGAUAUUGAAGUAGAUCAAUUUGUCAUUUCGUUUAUUCUGAAAGUUUGUUCUAGUUUAACCUCUCUUGGAAGUGGCAAACAGGUUCAUGCUUUCUGUGUUAAGAGUGGAUAUGAAUCUGAGGAAGUUGUAGUAACAUCCCUGCUUGAUAUGUACUCAAAAUGUGGUGAAAUUGAGGAUGGGUUAGCUCUGUUUGAUUCUUUGGAAGAAAGAGACACUGUAUGUUGGACCGGGAUAAUUGUGGGGUGUGGGCAAAAUGGAAGAGCAGAGGAAGCAAUUAGAUUAUUCCAUCAGAUGAUAGAAGCAGGAUUGAAGCCAAAUGAAAUUACAUAUGUAGGUGUUCUUUCUGCCUGUAGGCAUGCUGGACUAGUUGAAGAGGCACGGACCAUAUUCAAUUCAAUGAAAAUUGAACAUGGAGUGGAACCUGGUUUAGAGCAUUAUUAUUGCAUGGUUGACAUUCUCGGUCAAGCUGGAUACUUUAAAGAGGCAGAACAGUUAAUUGCUGAGAUGCCAUUUGAGCCUGACCCAAUCAUAUGGAGAACAUUGCUCGGGGCCUGUGGAACUCAUAAAAACACUGAACUUGUUAAUGUUAUUGCUGAUCACAUUCUCACAACUUUGCCAGAAGACCCUUCCACAUAUGUGACACUUUCAAAUGUUUAUGCAGAAUUGGGAAUGUGGAAUGAUUUAAGCAAGGUUAGAGCGGCUGUCAAGAAAGUGGGUGCAAAAGAAGCAGGAAGGAGCUGGGUUGAAGUUUCAAGUUAAGAAACACUGCAUUUUUAAAUUGUAUAUGGUGCAGAAACUAACUUCCUUUGCAUCCAUAUUUGGACGAACUACGACGCAGAUACCAUUCUGAAGUUAAGUCCCUACACGAGCUUAAUGACCGGAUCAUUUUAUUACUGAAGACCUAACAAGAAUCUCCGCAAACAGAUGGCCCUUAGUGGCAUAGUCCAAAGAGAUGUUUUUUUUUUAUGUUAUGGUUUUGAUACAGCUAACUGCAUCAUCUAAAUGCACAGUUGCUCAGAAAGAUCUCGAAUGGGGGGAAAAAGAGAGAAGCCAAUUGAGCUGAUCAGUUGUCAAUUUUGCCUCUAGUCUUGCAUGUGCCAAUUGUUAUCUUUCUGUCAAAUAGCCUUUAACUACAAGUUAUUGCUCUUAUCCCAAAUUCCCAAUCCAGGAAGAGGUUAAAAGAUAAGAUGGUCCUGGAAAUCAAACCGGGUAAGCUGGUCCAACCCAAAUGAGCUUGACCCGACAGAAUUGGAGCAACAAGAGGAACAUGGGUGGGCUCCACCAGUUGCAGGCAGUGAGGUCCUCCAUCUUCACUGUUGAAUGCAGAGAAAACAGGUCUUUGCUUUGUAAGGCCUCCACCGUGCAGAACGGCAGAGAACUCUUUGUCAUUGCCCCCCUCCUCCUGACCC